AUGAAAGCAGCAGAGCCCUUGCAGACAGUUGACAGGCCGAAGGAUUGGUACAAGACAAUGUUCAAGCAAAUCCAUAUGGUUCAUAAGCCUGAUGACGACACAGACAUGUAUAAUACUGCAUAUGCAUACAGUACUGGUAGCUACAGUCCAUCCUUCUCUGCUCAGGCACACCCAGCUGCAAAGACGCAGACGUACAGACCAUUGUCUAAAAGCGCUUCUGACAGUAGCUCUGAUGCCUUUAAGGUCUCAUCCCCUUUGCCACCUCCACAUGUGCCACCUCCAGUACCACCACAUCGUCUGAGGGAAAGUUCUACACCAGAAAAAAAUGACUGGGAUCCCCCUGACAGAAAGGUAGAUACCCGGAAGUUCCGUUCUGAACCAAGAAGUAUUUUUGAGUAUGAGCCAGGAAAGUCAUCAAUCCUUGAACAUGAAAGACCGACUUCCUUAUAUCAUCACUAUUCAACAGACAGAGGCUUGGACAGGCCCUCUAGUUCUGCAAGUGACUACAGGAAAAGGAGGAAGUCGGAACCUGCUGUAAGUCAUCAGAGGGUGCACAGCGACCAGAAUGCAAACAGGCUGGGCCUGGGCCGUACAGAUAUGCAAGGCCCUUAUACCACCCUUAGAAAGCCUUUCACUAGCUCAUCUCCUUCUUCUCCAUCAAGAGCAAAAGACCAGGAGUCUCCUGGAAGCUAUUCUGCUUUCACUGACAUGGGACGAUGUACUCCAAGGGAGAGAAGAGGAACUACAGACAAAGAGAAACUGCCAGCUAGAGCUGUAUAUGACUUUAAAGCUCAGACUGCUAAAGAACUGUCCUUUAAGAAAGGAGAUACUGUCUAUAUCAUCAGGAAAAUUGAUCAAAACUGGUAUGAGGGUGAGCACCAUGGAAGAGUUGGAAUAUUCCCAAUUUCUUAUGUCGAGAAACUUUCCCCCCCAGAAAAAGCACAGCCUGCCAGACCACCUCCCCCUGCACAGAUUGGAGAGAUUGGAGAAGCUAUUGCCAAAUAUAAUUUCAGUGCAGACACAAAUGUGGAGUUAUCGCUUAGAAAGGGAGAUAGAGUAAUUCUUCUUAAGCGAGUUGAUCAAAACUGGUAUGAAGGUAAAAUACCAGGAACCAACAGACAAGGCAUCUUCCCUGUUUCCUAUGUAGAAGUCAUCAAAAAGAAUGUCUCAAAAAAUGUUGAUGACUACCCUGAUCCUCCGAUACCCCAAAGCUAUUCUAGUGACAGAAUACACCAUUUAAGUUCAUCUAAGCCACAGCGCCCUGUGCUUGCUCAUGAAAACAUACAAAGUGGGGGGGAACCGUUUCAGGCUCUAUAUAACUAUACUCCUAGGAACGAAGAUGAAUUGGAGCUCAGAGAGGGAGAUGUCAUUGAUGUGAUGGAAAAAUGUGAUGAUGGAUGGUUUGUGGGAACCUCAAGAAGAACCAAAUUCUUUGGUACUUUCCCUGGAAACUAUGUCAAGAGGCUGUGAUUUUUUUUUCCUACUUAUUUAUGCUGCAUCUCUGCAACACAUCUGCAUAAAGCUGCUAGAAAACAUGCUACUACGCUGGCCUUCUGUUUUCUCGCUUGCAGUCUCAAAUAGAGGCCAUCUAGUUCAUCCUCAUCCCAUCCCAUCCGCCAAACCGUGCCAGCAGUAUUACAGCAACGACCGGGACGUGAAUAACUGAGCUUUUCUGAAACAAGAGGAAUCGUUUCAACUUUUAAAUACUCCAUGCUUUAAAGUCUUUUCAUUUGAAACACAGUAGGAAAAGCCUGAUGACAGGUACACAAAUUGCCAUGGGGGGGAGU